CGUCUCCCUUUAACCAAAGGCCGCCGUUAAAAAAUCUAAAGCGGAAAAGGCGCUCACCGCGCCGACGGGACUUCUCGCCUUCAGGCGCGCAAUGUUCGAUUCCACUGGUGACGAACCCUAGCUUUCUCCAGGUGUGAUAUUAGUAGAUAGUAAGGGGAACCAAGAGAGAUAAUGGAGGAUGGGGAAGGUUCAAAGAACGUCCUAAGAGAGGAACAUAAGAGCUUAUUCAAUUUGGACCUUCAAAUGAAAGAAAAAUUUUCAUGCAUAGAUGGUCUAAAAUCUUUGAAGAACAAACAAAUGGAUGUUCUCAGAAUUACAGCUGAUGACCUUGAUACAAAGAUUCCUCAAAAUAUAGCUGUGGCUGAUGCUAGAAAGGAUUUAAAGUCAGAAGGAUUGCUUGUUAUUUCAGAUGGCAGUGAAAGUGAUUCCGUUGCAUUGCUUGAUGAUGAUUCUGAUGUUGAAGAAACAUCAUUAUCAGGAAAUGAUGAUGAGAGGAUUUCGGAGGCACCUUUAAGUGAUGCGGAGAUUGAAGAAUUAGUUGUGGAGUUUCUUGAAAUUGAGAGCAAGGCAGCAGAAGCUCAAGAAUCACUUGAGGAAGAGUCUCUCGCUCGAGUUGAAAAAGAUGUAAGGGAAGAAUUCUCCCAAAAUCUUCAUGGUGAUGCGCUUGAUCUCGCAGUAUCGACUGAAAUGCAAACAUUCAAAGAAGAAUGGUUGGCUGUGCUUGAUGAUCUAGAGACUAAGAGUGCUCUGUUAUUGGAGCAACUUGAUGGUGCUGGCAUUGAGCUCCCUGCUUUGUAUAGGUGGAUUGAAAGUCAAGCUCCUAAUGGUUGUUGUACUGAAGCUUGGAAGAAGAGGACCCAUUGGAUUGGUUCUCAGGUUUCUAAUGAAGUCAACGUAUCUGUUAGGGAAGCUGAAGAAGACCUCCAAUCUAGUCAUCCUGUACUGAAGCAACGUGGUAGAUUGUUGGAGGUUGGUGCUAGUGGAUUUCUGGCAAGGAAGUUCUCUGAUGGAGAUAAGAAUGAUAUAACAGAUUGGAGUUCAUUCAAUGAGCUUAUUCAGUCACAGAGAUGUCCUGAGGGUACUUCAUUUGGCAGCAAGAACUGGGCAUCUGUUUACCUUGCAAAUACACCCCAACAAGCUGCUAACUUGGGGUUAAAUUUUCCGGGUGUUGAUGAGGUAGAGGAGAUUGGCGAGAUUGACUUUGAUACAAGAGAUCCAUUUUAUUCUGAUGCAAUUGCAAAUGAAAAGGAAAUUGAUCUUACUGAAGAGCAGAAGAAAAACUUCAGGAAGGUAAUGGAGCAGGAUGAUGCCAAUUUCACACAUAAAUUGCAACAGCGCUUAAAGCGGAAGCGACAGAAAAGCAAAAGAUACAGGGUAGACUCCUUGUUGGAAAACCAUUCUGAAAAUGGUUUUGUGGAUGCUAACGAUGGUAAUAUAUCUGCAAAAGAUAUUGGGAACAAUUUGGAUAUUACAAAUAUAACUAAAAAUGCUAGCCAAAAUUUUAAUGGUGACUGGAAUCUUUCAGCUGAUACUGAGGAAUUUGAAACAAAGAAUAAGAGGUGCAAAACUGUUUCAAUAGACAGUGAUGAUGAAGUCCUGGAGAAUAGAGCCGCUUCUAGUGUUCACGGUGCAGCCAACACUGAACAGCACUCACCAAAACAAGUUAAAACCAUUGAUGUUAUUGAUGUUGAUGAGGUGUCAUCACCAGAUCCAGGAAAAUGUAAAACCUUUGAAAAGGAGAUUCUGUGUACAUCUUGUUGUGAUACCUUAAAGCCUCCUCUAGUGAACAGGCAUCCACUUUUGGGAGUUGCUGUUUGUGGAUGUUGCAAAUCUGUUAUCGAAAGAAAGAUGCAAGCCAAGGGUACUUUCUCUGGUGAAUUUUGUGCAUGGUGUGGAAAGUGUGAUGGUUUGGUGAACUGUAACACUUGUAAGAUGCUAUUCUGUGAAGCAUGCAUAUCAAGGAAUUUCGGCAAAGAAGAUUUAUCAGAAGCUAAGAACAUUGAUUGGCGUUGUUACUGCUGUUUGCCUAUUUUAUUGCAUCGGCUUAUAAUUGAAUGUGAUAAGGCCCUUGGAGUUUUGCCUGCAACCAGUUCUGACAGUGAUUCAGCAUUUUCGGAUGCUGAAAUCAAUGUAUCGAUAAGUACCAGCAAGAGACGGAAGAAAAAGAUCAGGAGAAUCCUGGAUGACACUGAGCUUGGGGAAGAAACAAAGGAAAAAAUAGCAAUAGAGAAGGCCCGGCAAGAAUAUCUAAGAUCUAUGCAAGCACAGUCGGCUAAGAAAUCCUAUGGUAAAACUCUAGCAGAAAUUAACAGGAGCACUUCAGCAAUCGAAACUCUCAGAAUGCUUGAUGAUCCAGGAGAAGGCUAUGUUGUUAAUGUUGCUAGGGAGGAUGAUGAGGAGCCAGUUAGAAUUGCUCCUAGUCUGUCUAUGAAAUUAAAGCCACAUCAGGUUGAAGGAAUACGAUUUAUGUGGGAGAACAUUAUACAGUCUGUAAGAAAGGUUAAAUCAGGGGAUAAGGGCCUUGGAUGCAUUUUAGCCCAUACCAUGGGCCUUGGGAAAACUUUUCAGGUGAUAGCAUUUUUAUACACGGCCAUGAGAAGUGUUGAUUUAGGAUUGAGAACUGCACUUAUAGUUACCCCCGUAAAUGUUCUUCACAACUGGAGACAAGAAUUUUUGAAGUGGAAGCCUACUGAUUUGAAGCCUCUUCGUGUUUGGAUGCUGGAAGAUGUUGUUAGAGAGAGAAGAUCACAUCUACUUGCAAAGUGGAGAGCUAAGGGUGGCAUAUUUCUGAUAGGAUACGCCGCUUUUAGAAACUUAUCUCUUGGAAGGCACCUAAAAGAUAGGAAUAUUGCUAUUGAAAUUUGCCAUGCUUUACGGUAUGGACCUGAUGUGUUGGUUUGUGAUGAGGCUCAUAUGAUCAAGAACACAAGGGCGGAUAUAACCCUAGCUUUGAAACAAGUAAGGACACAAAGAAGAAUUGCAUUAACUGGAUCUCCCUUGCAGAACAAUCUGAUGGAAUAUUACUGUAUGGUUGAUUUUGUAAGAGAAGGAUUUCUAGGGAGUAGUCAUGAAUUCCGAAACCGGUUCCAGAAUCCCAUUGAGAAUGGUCAACACACAAAUUCUACUGCACAUGAUGUAAAAAUUAUGAACCAAAGAUCACAUAUUUUGUAUGAACAGCUUAAAGGAUUUGUUCAACGAAUGGACAUGAGUGUAGUUAAAAAAGACUUACCUCCUAAGACUGUUUUUGUGAUCGCCGUAAAGCUUUCUCCAUUGCAGAGAAAGUUGUACAGAAGAUUCUUAGAUUUGCAUGGAUUUACCGUAGACAAAGUAUCUUCUGACAAAGGGAGGAGGCGCAGUGGUUUCUUUGCAGGUUAUCAGACUCUUGCCCAAAUAUGGAAUCAUCCUGGACUAUUGCAAUUGGCCAAAGAACACAAAGACAGCUUAAAGCGAGAGGAUGCUGUUGAGAACUUUAUUGUGGAUGAUAUGUCAAGUGAUGAGAAUGUGGAACAUAGUGACAUAAACAAUGGAGAAAAACUGAGGGCCAGGAAUGACUUCAUGCCUAAAUUGAAUAAUGAGGAAUGCGAGUGGUGGAAAGAUCUUCUUGAUGAUCAGAUGUACAAGAAAGUUGAAUGUAGUGGUAAAAUGGUUAUACUUCUUGAUAUACUAUCAAUGAGUUCAGAGCUUGGUGAUAAGGCUUUAGUUUUUAGCCAAAGCUUGGCAACACUUGAUAUGAUAGAGCAUUUCUUAUCAAAAUUUCCCCAGAAAGGUUCAGAAGGGAAGUAUUGGAAACAAGGCAAGGAUUGGUAUAGGUUAGAUGGAAGCACUGAUGGUUCGGAGAGGCAAAAGAUUGUUGAGAAGUUCAAUGAACCGACAAACACAAGGGUAAAAUGCACAUUAAUAUCAACUCGAGCUGGAUCACUUGGAAUAAACCUCCAUGCUGCAAAUCGAGUUAUUCUUGUUGAUGGUUCAUGGAAUCCGACCUACGAUCUUCAAGCCAUAUUUCGUGUUUGGAGAUACGGGCAAAAGAAACCUGUUUAUGCUUACCGGUUAUUGGCACAUGGUGCUAUGGAAGAAAAGAUCUACAAGAGACAGGUGACAAAGGAAGGAAUUGCAGCUAGGGUUGUGGACCGGCAACAGAUACACAGAACCAUGUCCAAAGAGGAGAUCCUUCAUCUUUUUGAAUUUGGUGAUGAAGAAAAUCUUGAUAUCCAUGAAGAUAGCCAAGGAAAAUUGGUUUUGCUCAAUCAAGCUAAACUUAAAUUUUCUCAGCAGAACUCUCUUAGUGGUGCUUCUCACGCUUCUGACAAGAUAAUGGAAAGCUUACUCAGCAGACAUCUUCCCCGCUGGAUAGCCAACUACCAUGAACACGAGACCCUUCUACAAGAAAAUGAGGAAGAGAGACUAUCCAAAGAGGAGCAGGAGAUGGCCUGGGUAAGUUACCAAAGAUCUCUCGAAUGGGAAGAGGUUCAUAAGAUUACCUGUGAUGAUAAUAUAGAGAGAAAACCUUCCACUGCACAACUAGUAGAAGCUUCUCCUGCUCCUCCUGCUGCUGCUGCUGCUCCUCCUACCCAACAAAACAAGGGAAGUUCAAGAAGCCAUCAACCUGCUCUUCAGAGAAAAUGCAGCAAUCUUGAUCAUUUAUUAACUUUAAGAAGUAAGGGAAUCAAAUCUGGAUCAACUACUGGAUGUGAGAAAUGCAAUCAAGAGAUAAGUUGGGAAAACCUCAAUAGGGAUGGAAAAACCAAAUAAAUAUAUAUAUUUAUUUGGUCCAGCUUUUGUGCUGUUUAACCACAGGUAUGUAUGUAUUCUGGCUUUUUUGAUCUUGUAAAAGUCUGUGGGCAGCAGCUGAGUAUAAUCACUUUUGUAUAUCUGUAUGUAGAUGAUUCUCUCAUAUGUCAUUCUCUUUAUUUUUUUUUA